AUGGCUUCUGGGGGUAAUCAGCAGGCUCUCUCCAACGAUAGUCAGCCGGGACCCUCCACAAGUAAUGGAGGCACUCAGUUGCCGGCUAUGCCAUGUGAUCCGCAAGCCUUUGCUCAGUUCUUCAUGGCUUUCGAAACAUUUUAUAGGCAGUGUAGGCCAAGGGCUCUGGCACUCCCAGUCCCGGAACCAUCACAGGAGGUAAUACCUGAUACUCCUCCUAAUAAUCAGGGGCUGCAGGGCACUGCAGCCGCUGCAGUGGUCAGCGCCCAGUCCGAAACCGCAACGGUGGGUCGCCCUAAUACCCGCGCCCAGGCAGCCAUUACUAAGAAAGCCAACCAAAGUGCUGGCAAAGGCAAGGCGCCGGCGAAGGGUCCCGGCAAGGGGAAGGCUAGUGCCAAAGGGACCAGUAGCAAUGCCUUUUCACAGGUGGUAGACAUUCCUAGUGCGUUUCAGGAACAGCGGCCUCAGCACAGCUCUACUGAAGACAGUGUGGGUUCCGGGUCGGAGGAAGCGCAGACGGAACCCCAAAUGGCCCAGCCACCGGCCAGCGUGAUCCCGUCCAGCAGUGAGGUGCAAGGGGGUAAGAGGAAAUCCAAGAAGCACACGUCUGCCAAGAAGAAAAGAAGUAAGCAGUCCGAGACGGAGGAUGAGUCAGGUACGUCAUCUUCUGAUUCGGAUAGUGAGGGCCCCAUGGAUGGUUACUGGGGUCUGGGUGAAGGGAAUCACGGGAUCCCACUUUGGGCGCAUGAAAGGAGAGCCAAUUCACAUCGUAAGACUUUCAAUGGAGUACUGGACUGGAAGGAUGGGGCGUUGGUCGAGGAUGUAAAGGUUGCCACCAAUCAGUCCACUGAUUUUAUAUUGGGGAACCAUUUGUCCCAGAAGAAGAGGAAUAAGAUCCUCAACGGGGACUAUGUGGACAUGUGUACCCUGCUCCCUCCUACUAAACUAAUGGGAAAAGGAGAAAAGAGGCGAUCCUCUGGUAAGGGGAGGUACAGGACCCCUAGGGCGGAGCGCACCUUUGAGAAUUGGUUGGAUGGGUACCAGGUUUUCAUGGGUGUUGUUUGUGCUGCUUAUCCUCAGCGCUCCAUGGAUUUGGUUGCUUAUUUGGCUCAUGUGAGGCGGGCUCACUCGCUCGCAGGGGAAAAUGCCGCUUUAACAUAUGAUGAGAACUUCCGUAGAAAUGCUUCUCUCCUGCCUUCCACCCGAUGGGACCUAACGGACCCUAACUACUGGGGCGAGGACGUUAAUCCCUACAUUGAAAAGAAAAACCAGGGAUCAGCCAAGGCGGGUAAGACAGAGGCGAAACGGCGCCGCCUCUGCUGGGAGUUCAACAGGGGUGUAUGCUCGAGACCUUCCUGUAAGUAUCUACAUGAAUGCGACCGGUGCUGGGGAAAUCACCCUGCCUCUGCGUGCUUUAAGAAUAAACAGCAGCCCUCUCGAGGGGGCAGGGGGUACUUCCACAACAACAACAGAGGUGCCCCCGGAUCCUCCCACCAGGGACCCAGUAACCGCCAGUAA